CCCCGUCUUAAUAAACAGUAAGAAGAGCAAAGCAGCUAGGGUUUUUGCAAUUACAGGCACUCUCGGUCUUCCGUCAGUUUCGACUAAAUUCACAAGCUACCUACGCCUCUGGUAUUUGUCAAGGUUUUGUUAGGGUUUCUUCUUUUUCCUCCCUCUAGGGUUUAGACGAAAACUUGCGGAACCACAGGUAAAACAAAAAUAUAGGGUGUAGUUGGAAAUAAUCUCGUAUUCAUUUGCAGGUAUCUUCGUAGUUAGAGAAAGAAUAGGAACCAAUGGAUUAUGUAGCUGAGCAAAAUUUCUCAGAAGAGCAGGAACGAAACGAUGGUAGUGCAGGACAUGAAUUAAAGCAUUCACUCGAUGAUUCUUCUGCAGGGUUUUAGAUAAUGGCAAAUCCCCAUUCCUGCAUGAGGCCAUGCCGAAAUUAUUGUAACUGCUGGUUUUGCUUGUUCAUAGAAAGCUUUUCGUCGGAGGCAUUGCUUGGGAGACCAGAGAAGAAUCUUUUAGGAAGUAUUUCAGCAGGUUUGGAGAGAUAACAGAUUGUGUAAUAAUGAUGGAUAAGGUCUCUGGAAGGCCACGGGGAUUCGGCUUUGUAACAUUUGCAGACCCAGAAGCUGCAAAUAAGGUUUUAGAGGAAGAGCACAUCAUAGACGGUAGAACGGUGGAAGUGAAGAGGACAGUACCUAAGGAGGACAUGCAAGUUAAAGGAUCUCCGAAAACAAAGAAAAUUUUUGUUGGCGGUCUUCCAUUAACUUUAACUGAAGAUGAGUUGAAGGAAUAUUUUUCUUCUUAUGGCCAUGUUCUGGAGCAACAAAUCAUGCUGGACCGUGAGAGUGGUCGAUCCCGAGGCUUUGGCUUUAUUACUUUUGAUAGUGAAAAUGCCGUUGAAAAAGUUCUAAACAAUGGCCGUAUGCAUGAAAUCCAUGGCAAACAAGUUGAAAUUAAGAGGGCUGAGCCAAAAAGAGCUGGUGCUGAAAGUGCAAUUGAGAGCAGGCAGCAUCGUGGUGGCAGUGGUUCAAGAUCGUAUAAUAACUUCGGUGGGUCUGAAGGAGCGUAUGGUGGUGGAUACAGUAGAGGGUAUGGUGGAUAUGGAGGCUAUGGCGGCGGAGCUGGUGCUGGCUAUGGGGGUUAUGGAAACAUUGGAGGAAGUUAUGGCGGAGGUGGUGCAGGAUAUUUCUCUGGAUAUGGUGGAUAUGGUUAUGGAUUUGGGUUUAGUGGAGCUAUGUAUGGGGCAGCUGGAUACGGAGCCACUAGCUAUGGUGCUCCUGGAAGCUAUGGUGGUGCUGCUGGGUAUGGUAGCGGUAGAGGAUACGCAAGCAGUGAUGAUGGUAGCUGGUAUGGUGGGGCUAGAAGUUCUGCAUCUUUCAAUGCUAAAGGGUAUGAAACCGGGGGUAGCACUGGAGGUGCAAAAGCAUACGGUAAUGGUGGUGCUGCAGGUGGAAGGUUUCAUCCUUACAGGAAUUGAGACCUUCUUGACGAGUCUAAUGUUGCAAUUGUUUCGACUACUCUUGGUUGGCUCAAGCUAGACGUAAAAUCUUUGCUGCUGAGUUUGUUUUCUUUGUGGUUAAUGAUUCAGUUAGAUGUAACCUGCUUAUUUUUCGAGUAAACCAUCUGUAGAUUGUAUUUAGCAUACUGAUCUGCGAGAACUGCAACCACAGUCUUUUGGCUUAAGUUAUUUUACCCUUUCUGUUAAGGUAAGGGAAGAAGUUACUGCUCUGAAAUUUGGAUGAUACGGUUGCUUUUACCUACAUGGACAAUUGAUAGUUGGUAAAUUAGAUAUGUACCAUAGAUUCCGAAAUUUUUCUAUUUUAUUUGAAAUUUAUGAGGUUGAUGUUGAA